AUGCUCUGGAAAGACAGAGGUUCUAAGCUAGUUACACUGAUAAGCAAUAUGCAUAAUGCAGCAGAACUUUGUGUUGUACUUAGACGAAAUUCUAAAGGUGAAAAAGUUCCUGUUUCCUGUCCAACUGGUAUAUCUGAUUACAAUAGAUAUAUGGGCGGAGUAGACAAAUUUGAUCAAUAUAUGGCAGCUUACACUAUAUCACAAAAAUCUCGUAGAUGGUGGAUCAAAUUGUUUUAUUAUUUUAUUGAUACUGCAAUUGUCAAUUUUUAUAUCUUGUACAAAGAGAGAUGUAAUAAAGCAAAAAAAAAAUAUGUUUCACAGUUGGAUUAUAGACCAAUGCUUACAGAUACCUUAGUCAAUAAUUUUAGCUGUAGAAAAAAAAACUACUGUAUCUCCACAAGAAAAAGGUGCAAAAAAAUAAUUUAA